AUGCUCUUCGCCGUCUUCUUCGGUUUGUUCCUGGCGACGUCCGUCCUCUGGGGCGCCGUGCUCUGCUCGGGCGCCAAACAGGGCGAGGCGGGCACGCGCGUCCACGGCAUCCACAAGCUCAUGGGCGCGCUCCUGGUCCUCAAGUCGCUGACGAUGAUGAGCCAGGCCAUGCGCUACCACUUCAUCAACGUGACGGGCAGCGGCGAGGGCUGGGAGGUCGUCUACUACGUCUUCGCGUCCGCGAAGGGCGUCAUGCUCUUCGUCGUCAUCCUCCUCAUCGGCACGGGCUGGAGCCUGGUGAAGCCCUACCUCAACGACCGCGAGAAGAAGAUCGUCCUCGUCGUCCUCGUGCUCCAGGUCGUCGACAACGUCGCGCUCGUCGUCUUCGAAGAGACGGCGCCGGGGUCGCAGCGGUGGCUCACGUGGCGCGACGUGCUCCACCUCGUCGACAUCAUCUGCUGCUGCGCCAUCCUCUUCCCCAUCGUCUGGUCCAUCCGCCACCUCCGCGAGGCCGCCGCCGCCGACGGCAAGACGCGGAACAACAUCGCGAAGCUCACGCUCUUCCGCCAGUUCUACAUCAUGGUCGUCACCUACAUCUACUUCACGCGCAUCGUCGUCUUCCUCCUCGCGGCGACGCUCCCCUUCCAGUGGCUCUGGCUCCGCUACGUCUUCUCCGAAGGCGCGACGCUCCUCUUCUACGUCGUCACGGGCUACAAGUUCCGCCCCGCGGAGGACAACCCCUACCUCCCCCUCAAGAAGGGCGACGGCGACCUCGAGGAGUUCGGCAUCGACGACGACGAGGACAACGACCCGGAGCUCCAGAAGGCGAAGGAGUUCGAGCUCGCGCAGCUCGACGACGCGUAG